GCCAACCCCAGUUCAAAAGUUGAACGCGUCAGUCUGCCUCAAACUGCCGUGCUGCUUGGUUUUAAAAUCGCUGAGAGGAGAAUAUUUACAGAAACCUUUUGCCUGUUUCAUUUAUAGCAGGAAAAAAAUCAACUGCUGUCCUUUGGUGAUGUAUUGUUGCCUUUUCCUGCUUGGUACUCUGCUGUUUUAUACAGGUGAGUCCUUCGUACAGGGUCCACCAGAGCCAGUCCUGGCCUUUGUGGGCGGAGAUGCAGUCCUGCCCUGCAGUUUCGAGAUCGCCACCAGCAACGACUUCCCGACAGUGGAGUGGUCCAAGGAAGGCCUGAAGCCCAACGUCAUCUUCUUGUACCGGGAUGGCUGCGAGACCCACGAGAUGAAGAACCCGGCCUUCGAGUACAGGACAAGCCUCAUUGCCAGAGAGCUAAAAAACGGAAACGUCUCAUUGAGGAUCUCUGACGUGCAGCUGUCGGAUGCUGGGAAGUACCAGUGCAAGAGGCUGUGGAAGGACCCGCCCCGGGAGGUGACGACGGUGGAGCUGGUUGUAGUUGCAGUUUCGGAGCCGAAGCUGUCGGUGGUUUCAGCAGAAAAAGGAGGAGUGACGCUGCAGUGUGAAGCCGGCUGCUGGCUGCCGAAGCCUGAGAUCAAGUUUCUGGACCACGAAGGAAACGAAAUCCCGGCCGAAGAGCCCAAAAGAGAGCGAGACCAGAGUGGAUGUGACACCGUGAGACAAAGAGUCACCGUGCAGAGCGCCACCAACAGGGUCACCUGCAGAGUUCACCAGCCAGAGUUCAACCACACCAAGCACAUAGAAAUCCUCAUACCAGCCGAGUGCACGAGGUCCCACACUCAAAUGAUUGGCAUCGCUGUUGGAGGGACGAUUUUGUUUUUCUUGGUCACAUGUGGAGCUGUGUUGUUGGGGAAGAGAUGUGGCAAACCUGGCAAGCGAAAUCAACCAAUGAAGAGGCAGGAAUCAGAUCAAAGUACAUUCAGUACCGCUGAUAAACACCGCCCUCUGUUGGUUCAGCAAAACACAACCGACGAGCCAGAAAACGGCACAGUCCAAAAGCUGAAAAGUAGAGUGGCUGACCUCGAGUCAGAGCUUCAUAUGAAGGAUGAGACCAUCCGCCAGCUACAGAGCAGCUUAGAAUCCCAGCAGCGUUGCGAUUUCUGCCAGCUCGACCCCGUCAAGCAACGCUCCGAGUCCAGCAACUCACCAGCAGCUUCAUCCAACACUAACCCAACACAAUUCACCAAUUUCCCCCAAGUCAUUGGUCAAAAUCCUUCCAUUCAAAGACCAAUCAGCAACCCAACACCUGACCGCCCACCACAUAGAAGGCUCCGCAUCAACAGCAGUCCAGCUGUUUUUCAUCAUUCAUCAUCCAAGGCUUCUUUAUCCGCCGCUGCAGAGAAAAAGCGGCAGCAAGUCCAACAGUUGAGCAGUGUGUUCGAUGAGCAGCAGGGUCAGAACGGUGUCCUGCUUCAACGCAGACAUUCCUUGGUGCUUCCAAAGUUAUACCAGCCUGUCAACCACUACAGACAUCUGGCGAAUUUACCAGAAGUCAGCGAAUCCCUUUACCUUCUCUGUCUCCUUUAUCGCCUCCUCUUUGCUAUUGUCUUCCAUUUCUCCUCUCAGUUAUCCCUUAUCCCUUCUUUCUUCCCAGCAGCCUGUCUUCGGGUCACCCCCGACAAGACUCAGUUCUUCAGGUACGACUCCGUCACCCUGAGCUGUGAGGAUCAGUCCAACUCCACGGGCUGGAAGAUUAAGAGGAGAACGCUGGACGGUGGCAUCAGACUCUGCUCCUCCGGAUGGGGUUACACCUCCACAGGCUCGACCUGCGUCAUCAGAAACACCUACCCAUCGGACAGCGGGCUUUACUGGUGCGAGUCUGUCAAAGGGCAGCAGAGCAACACUGUCAACAUCACCAUCACUGAUCGCUCUGUGGUCCUGGAGAGUCCUGUCCUCCCAGUGAUAGAGGGCGCUGUCGUGACCCUGCGCUGCAAAGGUGAGGCGAACUCCUCCUAUCGCGUGUUUGACUUCUACAAAGAUGGCCACAACAUCCAGAGCGGCUCCACAGGAGAGAUGACCAUUUACAGUGUUUCCAAAUCCGAUGAAGGACUCUACAAGUGCAGCGCCUCUGGAGGUCCAGAGUCGGCAGUCAGCUGGCUGGCUGUUGAAGCUCCACCUUCAUCUGCAGCUCCACCUUCAUCUGCAGCUCCACCUGCAGCCUCCUCUUCCAUUUCUGUCUUCAGACUUAUGUGUCACCUUGUGGUGGGAACGCCGUACCUGCUGUCCACCAUCUUACUUGGACUCAUAUGCAGAGACAGGAAAAAAGCCGCUCAGACUGUUAAAGAGAGGCGGGGCAGCAACGAUGUCAUCAUGGAAAUAGUGGUAUAG